GCCAAGGGGUUUGGGGAGCCUGGGGAAAAUAACCCCCUUGUGGCCGGGUGGCUGGCUGAUUACGCAAGCUGUUGCAACCCUGGGAGGAGGCCGCUGUUGGGGUGAUGUAUUCCUACUUGCCUAUUACCAAAGGGCGGCUAUGCCUUUAAAGUGUAAAGAAGACAGCGCUUUCAGUAUAGCAAACGGAACUCUAAUGUAGAGUUUGUAAAUAGCGGAAACGGGGACGAGAUUUAGAGUGACUCCAUCACAAUGCGCAUGCGUCUCCAGUUUCCGGGAAGUCAGCCAAUCAUGUACUCAGCAGGAAGAUUGUGGCGGCAUUUUCGACUGAAACAGACUGCGGUCCCGCCCUCUGGUUCUACAGUUCCUGUGGAAGAAACCGAUGGGGAUCGGAACGGUGGCGGUUGAGCUGCUGCAGUUGCUGACCUCUAAAGGAAGCCUGUGAUGGUUGUUAGACUAAUGAGCGCACGGCAAAGAACGCUUUUCCAGACGUGGGGUUCAAGCAUUUCCCGAUCCGCAGAGGCUCCGGGUUGCAGCUCUGGAACUAAGCGGCCUCACCCUGGCACCUCCAGGCAGCGUUUUUCUGCAGCUCCCGAAGCUCCUGAAGCUCAGCCGGAGUCUGACGAUGAUGUGUUGCUGGUCGCCGUGUACGAGGCAGAGCGGCAGCUGGGUCUUGAGAAUGGUGGUUUUUGCACUUCAGCGGGAGCUCUGUGGAUUUAUCCAACUAAUUGCCCAGUGCGGGACUACCAGCUGCACAUCUCCCGGACCGCUCUGUUCUGCAACACGCUGGUGUGUCUGCCCACCGGGCUGGGAAAGACCUUUAUUGCCGCAGUGGUCAUGUACAAUUUCUACCGUUGGUUCCCUUCCGGCAAGGUGGUCUUCAUGGCACCCACGAAACCUUUGGUGACACAGCAGAUCGAGGCUUGCUACAGGGUAAUGGGUAUUCCGCAGUCCCACAUGGCCGAAAUGACAGGAUCUACUCAAGCUUUCACCAGGAAGGAAAUAUGGAGCAGUAAGAGAGUCCUUUUCCUUACACCUCAAGUCAUGGUAAAUGAUCUUUCUAGAGGAGCAUGUCCUGCGGCUGAAAUAAAGUGUCUAGUUAUUGAUGAAGCUCAUAAAGCUCUUGGAAACUAUGCUUAUUGCCAGGUUGUAAAAGAACUAGUCAAAUAUACAAAUCACUUUAGAAUCUUGGCUCUAAGUGCUACACCUGGAAGCGAUAUAAAGGCUGUGCAACAAGUUAUUACUAACCUGCUAAUUGGGCAGAUAGAACUUCGUGCUGAAGAUUCUCCAGAUAUUUUGCCAUACUCUCAUGAAAGAAGUGUUGAAAAGUUAGUUGUUCCUCUUGGUGAAGAACUUGAGGCCAUCCAAAAGGCAUAUAUUCAGAUUUUGGAAGCAUUUGCUAGUUCCUUGAUUCAGAGAAAUGUUUUGAUGAGAAGAGAUAUCCCUAAUCUAACAAAAUAUCAGAUAAUUCUGGCAAGAGAUCAAUUUAGGAAAAACCCAUCUCCUAAUAUUGUGGGAAUACAACAAGGCAUAAUUGAGGGAGAGUUUGCUAUUUGUAUUAGUUUAUAUCAUGGAUAUGAAUUAUUACAGCAAAUGGGAAUGAGAUCAUUAUAUUUAUUCCUUUGUGGAAUUAUGGAUGGAACUAAAGGAAUGACUCGGGCAAAAAAUGAACUUAGCCGAAAUGAAGACUUCAUGAAACUCUAUAAUCAUCUAGAGUGCAUGUUUGCAUAUACACACAAUACUUCAGCAGGUGGCAUUUCUACUAUCCAAAAAGGAGGUAAAGAUAAAUUUUUCUAUAGUCAUCCAAAGUUAAAGAAAUUAGAAGAAGUUGUAAUUGAACACUUCAAAUCAUGGAAUGCUCAACACACCUCUGAAAAGAAAUGUGACGAGACCCGAGUUAUGAUCUUUUCUUCAUUUCGAGAUAGUGUUCAAGAAAUUGCAGAAAUGCUUGUACAACAUCAACCAGUUAUUAAAGCAAUGACUUUUGUUGGCCAUGCCUCAGGGAAAAGCAUGAAGGGUUUUACCCAGAAGGAGCAACUAGAGGUAGUGAAAAAAUUUCGUAGUGGUGGUUACAAUACCUUGGUGUCAACUUGUGUGGGUGAAGAAGGUUUGGAUAUAGGAGAAGUUGAUCUUAUAAUAUGUUUUGAUGCCCAGAAGAGCCCAAUUCGUCUUGUACAACGAAUGGGUAGAACUGGCCGCAAACGUCAAGGCAGAAUUGUUGUUAUCCUUGCUGAAGGACGAGAAGAACGUACCUAUAAUCAAAGUCAGUCCAAUAAAAGAAGUAUUUAUAGAGCUAUUUCAAGUAACAGGCAGGUCCUUCAUUUUUACCAAAGAAGUCCACGAAUGGUUCCUGAUGGAAUCAAUCCACAGUUACAUAAAAUGUUCAUCACACAUGGUGUCUAUGAAUCAGAGACGUCUUCUCGGACCUUGAAGCAAAAGUCAUCCAUCUUUUCCUAUAGGAAUGGAACGAGGCAAAGUAAUUCAAAGAAGGAUUGGUUAUUAUCAGAAGAAGAAUUUAAAUUAUGGAGUAGACUUUAUAGAUUAAGAGAGAAUGAUGAAAUUAAGGGAAUAACAUUGCCUCAAGUUCAGUUUCUGUCUUUUCAGAAUGAAGAAAAUAUACCUACUCAAGAACCAUGCAGUGGAGUUCAUCAACUCUCUCUCUCUGAAUGGAGAGUGUGGCAGGAUCGUCCUUUUCCGACCUAUCAAGUCGAUCAUUCAGAUCGAUGUCAUCAUUUUAUAAGCAUUAUGCAAAUGAUAGAAGAAAUGAGACGCGAAGAGGGAGAAUGCAGCUAUGAAUUGGAAAUUAAAUCUUAUUUACAAAUGGAAGAUGUUAGCUCAACAUUUAAUGCUCCUAGAAACAAGUGUAAUCGUCUUGCAAAUUACACCUUUCCUAGUAACAAGAAAUCUUCAUGUACAAAGAAUAUAAAGCAAGGCAGUUUAUUUUCAGUGAUAGAAUCUAAUGAAGAAUGUACAAAAGAUGUUAAACAAACUGGUAUCAAACUUGCAAAAAUUAAUUCUCUAGAGAAAAAAGCUUCUAAAGAACUAAAAAAACAUCAGUCUGAAAAAGAAAACAGUAAUAUGGAUUAUUUAAAGAAUGAUGGCAAUUCCGUUGAAAGUAUUUUCCAGGUAGACUUAAAUGAUAAAAGGGCAUCAGAUACAGAUGAAGUGUCUGCCUCAUGUGCUAUCAAUGAAAACAUUGCUAAUCAACCAUGUGGAUUAUUAAUGGAUUGUCAGUUUACAGAUAAAUUUACUAGUUCAUGUGCUGAAACUUUUUUCGAUUCUGGUUAUCACAGUUUUGGUGACGAUAAAUCUGUCUCAUCUAACUUACUUUUUCCAUUUGAGGAAGAGCUUUAUAUAGAUAAACAAUUUUAUGAUUGUCAUUUAACAAAAGAGGUACUAGCUAAUGUGGAGAGAUUGUUAUCUCAUUCUCCUCCACCUCUCAGUGGACUCUCAAGUUUGGAAUAUGAAAUUGCUAAGGGUUCUGUGCUUGAGAAUUUGUUUAUUCUACCCUAUACAGAGUAUUUACAAAACAAUAAAUCCACCUAUUUGAUGUCAUGUUCAGCAAUAAAUUCUCAACAGAAUUCACUUAAACUUAUUAAUCAUCCUUCUGAAAAAAUGUGCCUCGAUGGUCCAACUAAUGAUCAGAUUUCUGAUGAGCCAAGUUUCUGUGACUAUGAUAAAGUACACAAAGAUAUGAAUGAAAAUUUAGGAUCCAACGAUCAUAUUCAAAUAAACUUUGACCCUCCAAAAUUUCUUGGUGAAAAGAAUCAUGAUGUUGAUAACAAUGACCUCCCAACAUUGCUCAAUGAUCAGAAUGAGAGUUUACCAUUAUUUGAUGAUGAUGAUGAAGAGAUUGAUGAUGUGAGCCUUUCUCCCACAAACAAUAAAUGCAAAUCUUUAUGUGUAUCAGACAAAACUGCUUUAAGUGAAAUGGCACUGGUCUCUCAUUUCUUAAUUUCUGAUGAACUUUUGUUAGACAAUAAUUCUGAAUCUCAAGAUCACAUAUCAAGUGAUAAUAAUGGUUGGAAAUCUCAUGAAGAUAUAAAAGGUGUAUGUGAGGACAACUUAAAGACUGAUGAGUAUGUUUUUGAUUAUUCUAUGGAUCUAUUUUCUGUUACCUUUGAUUUAGGAUUUUGUAGUCCAGAUUCUGAUGAUGAAAUAUUAGAACAUACAUCAGACACAAAUAAGGAUAGAACUUUAGGCAAUCUGUCUGGAAGGUGUUUAGAUAGUAAAGAGAUAAGUGAUACAAAUUAUGUUUCAUAUCAAGCAGUAAUACCAGGAAAAUCUAUGGAUGGUUCUACAAGUAGAACCAUUACUAUCCCAUCAAGCGAAAAUAAGAGGAGUUCAACUUCCGCAUGUUUCCAACUGAGUGCAGCACAAAAUAAAGAAUGUACGUCUCCUGGUUAUUCUCAGUUUUCUUUGCCAGUAAAAGAAAAAAAUGUGAGUACACCACUUUUUGAAUCAAACACAUUAAACUCAUCUUAUAAGAAGAAAAAGGAAAUACCCACGAUACCAGAUUCUAACAAUGAAAAAGUAAAUCUACGAAGUUUCAAAGAAACAUUGAAUUCAACUUUUGAUUCAGACUUUUCUGUGGAAAAGACUAAAAACAAGGAACAGAUCAGUUUGCAUCAAUCCUGUCAUUCUGUUGAAGAUGAACAAUUAAUAAGCAAUGAAAGUGAAGAUGAUGAGAUUUUCAGAAGAAAAAGUAAAAAACCAAAAGGAAAUCUUUUAGAAUCCCCAGAGGAUCAGAAAGAUAGUGAAGUUGAUUCUCCACUUCAUGCUGUCAGAAAUCGCAGGCUUCCGCGAAAUAGAUUAGACUUAUCAUCCAGUGAUGAAAGUGAGAAUUGUCAUGAACAACAUCCACAAUUAGAAGACUUCAAGGACUGUGUCAGGAAUGCCAAAAGAGUCUUCAAAGUCCAAAAGAGACAGCGUCACCUAAAACUUGUGGCUAGGAAAUUUUUAGACGAUGAAGCAGAACUUUCCCAAGAAGAUGCAGAAUGUGUUUCAUCUGAUGAAAAUGAGUCGGAAAAUGAAAAAGAUUCCUCAUUACUUGACUUCUUAAAUGAUGAGACUCAACUUUCACAGGCUGUAAAUGAUUCUGAAAUGAGAGCUGUUUACCUGAAAUCCUUACAUAGUCCACUGAUGAGGAAUAAAUGUCAAAUUAUACGUAAGAAUCAUAACAACAUAAACAUUUUCUCACAGAUUCCUGAGCAAGAUGAAACCUAUUUAGAAGACAGUUUUUGUGUUGAUGAAGAAGAGUCUUGCAAAAGCCAAUCAAGUGAAGAAGAAGUCUGUGUUGAUUUUAACAUAAUAACUGAAGAUUGCUCUGUAAAUGGGCGUAAAAAAUAUGAAACGCGACGUGCAGUAAAGAUAAAACAAAUGAAGAUGAGACAAAAUUAUGUUCCUUCUAAAAAGAAAUUAUCCAGGAUUAUUUUAGCAGAUGAUUCAAGUGAGGAAGAAAAUGAUGUAAAUGAUAAACAGGAAUACAGUAUUGUGGUUAAUCCUAGCACUGAUGAUAAGUGCAAACAGCAAAAUCAUUGUUUGAAUUUAGUGCCUUCUGAGUCUGCUUUGCAAUCCAGGGACCAUUCUGAUCCAAAUACCAAUCAACUGCCAAAGCAGAAACAACAUAUACCACUUAAUUUAAAGGAUACAAUUUCUGAUGUCUUGGAUUUCAAAGCUGAGAGCUGUAAUAAAAUCAAAACUACUUUACCAUCACUCACUACUGUUGAUUUACAGAAAGAUUAUAGAAAAUAUCCAGUUCACUUGAAGGUUGGUAGUGUUCCUGAGGAGUCUAGCACUUCAGUGGCCUCUUGUUCCAACUCAAGACCACAUUUGGCCAGCGCACAUGCUUCUCUUAGUCUUCCACAGGAAGACCAAAGAACUUGUAUUCUUGUAGAUUCUCGUGAAAUCACUUCUGGUUCAGAAGUAAUUUCUUCCCUAAGAGCAAUUCAUGGCCUACAGGUAGAGGUUUGUCCUCUUAAUGGUUGUGAUUACAUUGUGAGUAAUCGCAUGGUGGUAGAAAGGAGGUCUCAUUCCAAGAUGUUAAAUGGUGCCAAUAAGAACAAGUUCAUUGAUCAGAUCCAGCACCUACAAAGUAUGUUUGAAAGAAUAUGUGUGAUUGUGGAAAAGGACAGAGAAAAAACAGGAAUCUCAUCCAGGAUGUUUAGGAGAACAAAGACUUACGAUAGCCUGCUGACUACCUUAAUUGGUGCUGGAAUCCGAAUUCUUUUCAGUUCCUGCCAAGAAGAAACUGCAAAUUUGCUAAAGGAGCUGUGUUUAGUGGAACGAAGAAAGAAUAUGGGUAUUCGUGUUCCAACAGUGGUGAACAGUAAUAAAUGUGAGGCUCUUCAAUUUUACCUAAGUAUUCCCAAUAUAAGUUAUGUAACGGCAUUAAAUAUGUGUUACCAGUUUUCUUCUGUGAAAAAGAUGACUAACAGCUCACCUCAAGAAAUCUCCAUCUAUGCACACGUAACUCAUCAAAAGGCCGAGGAAAUCUAUCGAUAUAUUCACUAUGUAUUUGACAUGCAAAUGUUACCAAAUAGUUUGAACCAAGAUAGACUGAAACUCGAUGCAUGAUCAGACUGUUCAAGGAGCAGCUUUCCAACUCAUAAUACUGAGUGCCCUUCAAUAAUCACUGCUAUGGUUUGUGAUGAUGAGUUUAAAAUAUGUAAACUAUGUCUUCAUACCUAUUAUUUUGUGUGAUGCAUUUUUAUUUAUAUAAGUUAUUUAAAAAUCUGAAGUUCAGUAAUCACUUUUAGAUAUGAAACUUUCAUUGAAUAAAGUAAGGUUUUCUGAAGGUGCUACUAAGUAAAGGUUGGAGUUAGAGAUGUAUUUUGGAAUUUUCCAAAGAUUAAAGUGCUGUCACUCUCAAUUAUUAACAUAAUAGAUUGAUGUUUGACUGCUGUGAAGAUGAUUACAGACAAUUUUUCCUAUAUAUACACUAUAUUACGUAGAAUUUUUCAAAUGUCCUGAGUCUACAUACAUGUUGGGUAAGAUAUGGAUUGUAGGUGUGUUGUGAAAUAAAUGACCCAGUAAAUAGGAAGAUAGAAAAUUUAACUGCACAUAUGUCCCAGUUAAGUAGUCAAAUAACGUAGGUGUGAACUCCAACCUACAUUAGUUUUUUAUUGUUGAAAUAUCAUAUACAAAGAAGUGGUAUAUUGGUUGGGACUUCGAAAAUUUCUUUAUUGCAUGUGGAACCUGUGACCCUUUACAUUGUGUCUGUGAUUCUUUUUUCAAAAUAUGGCUCUAUAUUAUCUGCGACAUCUUAGACCCUUGUAGUCAGUCUAGUGCUAAAGCAGUCUUUUUUAUGGUGGACAUUUUUUCCCAAUUAUAGUCUUUUAUAUUGUUUGGUUGCCUUAUUUUUUCUGUUGGGUAGUAAACUAACCUGACAGCAGAGAACUUUGCUUCUCUUAGAUUUGGUUGGGACUUAAAUCAUCUUAUUCCAGUUGCUUUUCUCUUUCCUUAUAAGGUGACAAAAGUAAGGCCCAGAAAUAAGUGACUUAAUCAAGUUUAGACUGGGAAAUCUAGGAUCAGAACCCAGGAUACAGAACUAUUUCAAGAAGUAGAGAACUCCUUCACUAAACAGUUACUUUAAUUGUGAACUUAGCUCCUUUGGAGAGUAUUAAAUUUUUAAUUCUUAUGAAAGCAUCUGUGCUCGUAUUUUUGCUGUUCAGUAUUUCUGUCAAAACCAGAGAGAAAAGUUCUUUAAGUUUUUGGCUGGUGUGUUGUUGUCAGUUUAUUAUCUAGGUUUAAAUUUAUCCUUCUGAAUCUUGCCUCUGCCAUAAU